CGAUCAAAUCAACAGUGUUUGUGUUACCAAAUAUUCUUUCUACUAAUCGGGAUCGUCCGAAAGUGAAAUUUGGAGAGUGGAAAAAUAAGCUUAAAGUGUUGUACCAAACAACCCUCAUCUAAUACCUAUUUUAAUUUCCCUCGCCUUCAUCUCCUACACACUUGACUUCAUUCUUUCACUUUCAACUUUCAAGUCAAAAGGACAAUAGUUUCAAGGAUCAAACUCUUGGUAAGAUUUCCUAUAUGUAACCCUUCUUGUCUUCUAGCUGUUGAGAAUUUGGGAUAGUUAUAACUCUAUAAGGAAAUACUCCCUUUGAUCAUUAUGCAUGUCUGGCCCUGUGGCCACAGUUGAUAAUUUGGAUGGAGCACUUUCUUGUGCAGAGAGAACAAAAUCUCUUGAUGCCAUUUCUGAAAUAGACUGUUUAUCUAUAUUUACAAUCGGUGAAGCUGCUCAUUCCUCUGAAGUUGCUGGAUUUAGAGUAGGGGAACUCUCACUUCCUAAUGGAGAAUCAUAUUCUGGGUCCUUUCUUGGUAACAUUCCAGAGGGUCAGGGUAAGUAUGUAUGGUCAGAUGGUUGUGUAUAUGAGGGUGAGUGGAGACGAGGGAUGAGAAAUGGAUAUGGGAAAAUACAAUGGCCUUCUGGAGUAAUGUAUGAGGGCGAGUUCUCAGGUGGCUAUAUCCAUGGUACAGGAGCAUAUAUUGGCCCUGAUAGUCUGACCUACAAAGGCCGGUGGCGAUUAAAUCUUAAACAUGGGUUGGGUUAUCAAGUUUAUCCAAAUGGAGAUAUCUUUGAAGGCUCUUGGAUUCAAGGAGCACCGGAGGGGCCAGGCAAGUAUACCUGGGCCAAUGGAAAUGUAUAUUUGGGAAAUAUGAAAGGUGGGAGAAUGUCAGGAAAAGGAACUCUCACCUGGAUAAGUGGGGACUCAUUUGAAGGAAGCUGGUUAAAUGGCAUGAUGCAUGGGCUUGGGGUAUAUACAUGGAGUGAUGGAGGCUGCUAUGUUGGGACUUGGACACGGGGUCUAAAAGAUGGCAAAGGAACCUUCUACCCGAGAGGCAGCUGUCUUCCAUCUGCACAAGAAAUAUAUCUCAAUGCAUUGAGAAAAAGAGGGCUGUUGCCAGAUUUGAGAAAACAGAAACAGGUACAUAUUCAUCAUGCUGCUUCGGUUGAUAUGGGAGAUGUCAAGGUUGGUGAGAGUCAGAGAUCAAAUCGUGUUUCAUCUGAUAAGCUAGCCAAAGGAAACCUGUUAAAUCUGGAACAAUCUCGCAGCAAAAAUAUUUCUCUCGAAAGGCGCUGGAGUCUUGAAGUAUCUAUUGAGAAACUGAUUGGGCAUGAUUCAAAAUUAGGAUCAACAGAUUCUGUAGCAGAAAAUGGAGAUAAAGUCCCAAUUUUGGAACGCGAGUAUAUGCAAGGUGUGUUAAUAAGUGAGUUAGUUUUAAAUAAUAGUUUUUCAUCAAUGUCUAGAAGGGCAAAACAGCUUCAAAAAAAAAUUGCCAAAGAAAUUAAAAGACCCGGUGAAGCAAUCAUUAAAGGUCACAGGAGCUAUGAUCUGAUGCUUAGUUUACAGCUUGGAAUAAGGUAUACUGUGGGAAAGAUUACACCAAUACAGAGACGAGAAGUUCGAGCAUCAGAUUUUGGUCCUAGAGCAAGUUUUUGGAUGAAUUUUCCUAAAGAAGGUUCUCAAUUGACACCUCCUCAUCAAUCAGAGGGUUUUAAAUGGAAAGAUUACUGCCCUAUGGUAUUCAGAAAUUUGAGAGAGUUGUUCAAGAUUGAUGCUGCUGACUAUAUGAUGUCCAUUUGUGGAAACGAUGCUCUGAGGGAACUUUCUUCUCCAGGGAAAAGUGGUAGUGUCUUUUUCCUGUCUCAAGAUGAUCGAUUCAUGAUUAAGACACUGCGAAGAUCUGAAGUAAAGGUUCUUCUAAGAAUGCUUCCAGACUAUCAUCACCAUGUGAAGACAUAUGAUAAUACACUUAUCACAAAAUUUUUUGGUCUGCACAGGAUUAUUCCUUCAAGUGGUCAAAAGUUUCGCUUUGUCGUAAUGGGAAAUAUGUUCUGCACAGAAUUAAGGAUCCAUAGGAGAUAUGAUUUGAAAGGUUCAUCUCUUGGACGUUCUUCGGACAAGAUAGAAAUUGAUGAAAACACCACUCUUAAAGAUUUGGAUCUGAACUACUGCUUUUACUUGGAACCAUCUUGGCGGGAGUCUUUAUUGAAGCAGAUUGAGAUUGACAGCAAGUUCUUGGAAUUACAACAGAUAAUGGAUUACAGCCUCCUUCUAGGUGUUCAUUAUCGAGCUCCCCAGCAGUUGCAUCCAUACAACCAAAGUAGAAAUGCAGAUGGAUUGGCAAUUCUUGCAGAGGAAGACCCUCUAGAGGAUGAAGGAUCCAACUAUCCACAAGGCCUUGUUCUGGUCCCUCGAGGUGGGGAUGAUGAUAGUGUUGUUGUAGGGUCACACAUUAGGGGUAGCAGAUUGCGAGCUGCUGGGGAUGAGGAGGUGGAUCUACUUCUACCCGGUACAGCAAGGCUACAAAUCCAGCUAGGUGUGAACAUGCCUGCUAGGGCAGAGCAGAUUCCUGGAAAAGAGGAAGUUCAAAUGUUCCAUGAGGCUUACGAUGUUGUACUUUACCUUGGUAUAAUUGACAUAUUGCAAGAGUACAACAUGACUAAGAAGAUUGAACAUGCAUACAAAUCUAUUCAGUUUGAUUCAUUAUCUAUCUCGGCGGUGGACCCAACAUUCUACUCGCGUCGCUUCCUGGAUUUUAUUCAGAAAAUGUUCCCACCACAUGAAAUGGCAAGAUAAGGUUUGGGGGUUAAAUUCAACCAGUUGGUUUAUUCAGAAAGUGUGUACAUUGUCACAUUGCCUCCUUUUGUGCAUGCUGUAUAAUUGACUUGAAUAUGUUUAGAUUUUAUAUAAAUAUGCUAAAUGGUCUUUUCUAUUUUCA